CCAAGUCCAAUGCCAUUGGAGCAGAGAAUUAACUAAAAAAUGGAGGUUCCCGUGAAGCUGAUCUGCCUUCUGGGCUUGCUUCUCGCCGUCGGCGUCGCCGAAACCGCCGGACCGUGCGGGAAAUCGUCGCCGGACGACGAGUCCAUGAAGCUGGCGCCCUGCUUAAUAGCGGCGCAGGACGAGAAAGCGGACGUGCCCGGCAGCUGCUGCAUGGCGGUGAAGAAAAUAGGCCAGAACCCCAGCUGCCUCUGCGCCAUUCUGCUUUCUGACAGUGCCAAGAGCUCCGGCAUCAAGCCGGACGUCGCCCUCACAAUCCCCAAACGCUGCAACAUCGCCAACCGCCCCGUUGGCUACAAGUGCGGCCCGUAUACACUGCCCUGAUGAUGAACCGGGAAGAUGAUGAAAUACUGAUGCAUGAUGCUCUUCUCUUAUUAUAUAGCCCAUAGAAAAGCUGGGAGUUUGUAUGUAAUGUGAUGUAAUGUAAUGUCCUCCAUCUCCAUAAAUAUAAAAGAUUGCCUUUUAGGGCAACUUAAUAUAAAAGGAAAUUAAGCUAAUAUUAUUGUCAAGUGU